AUGUUCAGUCGCGCAGUAGCUCGCGCCAGUCGUGGCACGACACUCCUUAGGAAUUGUCAUCAAGGCGGCUUAGUACGACGAUAUUCUGUCGUGAAAGAUGAAAGAUCGUCAUUACCUUUAGCAGGUUACCGCGUGUUGGACAUGACUAGGGUUCUAGCUGGUCCGUAUUGUACGCAGAUCCUUGGCGACCUUGGCGCGGAAGUAAUCAAGAUCGAGCACCCGACGCGCGGGGACGAUACGCGGGCUUGGGGGCCGCCGUAUGCAACCUACCGAGACGGAUCUCAUCUCGAAGGCCCAGGUGAAUCUGCCUACUUCUUAGGUGUUAAUCGCAAUAAGAAGUCGGUUGGCCUGUCUUUCCAACAUGCCGAGGGUGUGGAGAUUCUGCACAAGCUUGCGGCGAAAUGUGAUAUCCUAGUUGAGAACUACCUGCCAGGUACUCUGAAGAAGUACGGCAUGGACUUCGAAACGUUACAUAAGAUCAAUCCUAGUUUGAUUUAUGCCUCGAUCACGGGAUACGGUCAAGCGGGGCCGUUCUCGCAGCGAGCGGGAUACGACGUUAUGGUCGAGGCGGAGUUUGGGCUGAUGCAUAUUACCGGUAAUCGAGAUGGACCUCCGGUGAAAGUCGGCGUCGCUGUUACGGACUUAACCACCGGACUUUACACUAGUAAUAGUAUCAUGGCUGCUCUUCUGUCUCGAGCCAAAACAGGUCGUGGCCAGCAUAUCGACGUUGCCCUGAGCGAUUGCCAGACUGCGACACUUGCUAACAUUGCAAGUAGCUGUCUCAUCAGUGGGAAGAAAGACUCAGGUAGAUGGGGCACAGCUCAUCCAUCAAUUGUGCCAUACAAAUCCUUCAAGACGAAAGACGGAGACGUACUAUUCGGCGGCGGUAACGACAGAUUAUUCGGGAUUCUGUGUGACGGUCUAGGCCGACCCGAGUGGAAGACGGAUCCGAAAUAUAGCAUCAAUUCGCAACGGGUGGCCAACCGAGAUGAACUUGAAACCGAGAUCGAGAAGAUCAGCACUCAGAAGACGACGCAGGAGUGGCUGGAGAUCUUCGAAGGAAAAGGCAUGCCAUAUGCCGCAGUCAACGAUGUCCAGGGCGCUUUGAACCACGAGCAUACCAAGGCUCGAAAUAUGGUAGUCGAGGUAGACCACGAGCAAUGCGGUCCGAUCAAGUUGGUUAACACUCCUGUUAAGUACAGUGAGAGUAACCCUAGCGUUAGAACUGCACCUCCAACUCUAGGCCAGCAUACGGAUGAAAUUCUAUCAGACAUUCUCGGCUUAGAAGCUGGUGAGGUAGCCGCAUUAAAGGAGAAAGGAGCUGUAAGAUGA